AUGCUCGUCCUUGGAAAUUGGGAUGUGACAUUCGACUAUGCGCGCGGGUUCAUGUGGUCCAUUAUCGAAGUUUCCCUCGCUAUUGUAUGUACCUGCCUUCCGACGAUGCGCGUGAUUUUGAAGAUCAUCUUCAGUCGAAGUUUCGCUCGAGCACUAGGAUUCUCGAGUUUGACUCCUAGGCGGCAGAGCUCGAGUAAAAGAGGUUGGCGUCGGGCAUCCCAAUACAAUGAGAUUCAGGGGCCGUGGACGGUGCGGCCCGGUGCCGAGAAUCAGCACCAUAGCGAUGUUACCACAGGUGUUGAACGAGGUGAUGGCGCCACCACGGUACGAGGGAUUCGCGUUUUGGAGGAGGUCAAGGUUGAGCUUCAGCAUAUCAAAGCACCCCCAGAUGCAGCGCCAUGA